CCCCACACACUCCUAACUGUCAAAGUUUUAGUGGGCGUGUCCGCGUGCUGUCUUCCUUGUACCUGGCAGGUAUUGUCCCCUCUCUCAGCAGGAUCCGCUUCAGUCUCGGUCCCCUUCUCUCUGCUCCUCAGCCCGGUCCUGGAUCAUGGCGGCUCCGCUCACAGACCAGGAGAAGCGGAGGCAGAUCAGCGUCCGGGGCCUCGCCGGGGUCGGAGACGUAGGAGAGAUCAAACGGAGUUUUAACCGACACCUCCACUUCACCCUGGUGAAGGACCGGAACGUGGCGACGCCCCGGGACUACUACUUCGCCCUGGCCCACACCGUCCGGGACCACCUGGUGGGCCGCUGGAUCCGCUCCCAGCAGUACUACUACGAAAAGGACCCGAAGAGGGUCUACUACCUGUCUCUGGAGUUCUACAUGGGCAGAACCCUGCAGAACACCAUGAUCAACCUGGGCCUGGAGAACGCCUGUGACGAGGCCAUCUACCAGUUGGGAUUGGACAUGGAGGAGUUGGAGGAGAUGGAGGAGGAUGCUGGUCUUGGAAAUGGAGGACUGGGACGUCUGGCAGCCUGCUUCCUGGACUCCAUGGCCACUCUCGGCCUGGCUGCGUAUGGAUAUGGUAUCCGAUAUGACUUUGGCAUCUUCAACCAGAAGAUCAGCUGUGGAUGGCAGGUGGAGGAGGCAGAUGAUUGGCUGAGGUACGGUAACCCCUGGGAGAAGGCGAGGCCAGAGUACAUGCUGCCCGUCCAUUUCUAUGGCCGGGUGGAGAACACCGGGAGCGGAGUGAAGUGGGUGGACACUCAGGUGGUGUUGGCAAUGCCCUACGACACUCCAGUACCUGGUUACCAUAACAACACGGUGAACACGAUGAGGCUGUGGUCGGCUAAAGCUCCAGACGACUUCAAUCUGCAGAACUUUAAUGUUGGAGAUUAUAUUGAAGCAGUUCUGGACCGAAACCUGGCAGAAAACAUCUCCAGAGUCCUCUACCCCAACGACAACUUCUUUGAGGGGAAGGAGCUGCGUCUGAAGCAGGAGUACUUUGUGGUGGCGGCCACGCUGCAGGACAUCAUCCGGCGGUUUAAAUCCUCCAAGUUUGGCUGCAGAGACCCGGUGAGGACGUCCUUUGACACGUUUCCUGAGAAGGUGGCGAUCCAGCUGAACGACACCCACCCGGCUCUGGCCAUCCCUGAACUGAUGCGGAUCCUGGUGGACAUCGAGAAGCUGGACUGGGACAAGGCCUGGGACAUCACCUGUCGUACCUGUGCGUACACCAACCACACGGUGCUGCCUGAAGCGUUGGAGCGCUGGCCCGUGUUCAUGUUCGAACAGCUCCUGCCCCGACACCUGCUCAUCAUCUACGAGAUCAACCAGAGACACCUGGACAGGGUAGCGGCCAUGUUUCCAGGAGACACUGAGCGUCUCCGUCGGAUGUCUCUGAUCGAGGAGUCGGAGCCGAAGAGGAUCAACAUGGCUCACCUGUGUGUGGUCGGAUCUCACGCUGUUAACGGAGUCGCACAGAUCCACUCAGACAUCGUUAAAAGCACUGUGUUUAAAGACUUCUAUGAACUGGAUCCUCACAAGUUUCAAAAUAAAACUAACGGCAUCACUCCUCGCCGCUGGCUGCUGCUCUGUAACCCCGGACUGGCUGACAUCCUGGCUGAGAGGAUCGGAGAAGACUUCCUCACCGAUCUCCACCAACUCAAGAAACUCCUGCAGUUUGUAGACGAUGAGACCCUGAUCAGAGACGUGGCCAAAGUCAAACAGGAGAACAAGCUGAAGUUCGCCUCCUUCCUGACAGACCAGACUCAGGUGAAAGUGAACCCAGAGUCCAUCUUUGACGUGCAGGUGAAGAGGAUCCACGAGUACAAGAGGCAGCUGCUCACCUGUCUGCACGCCGUCACGCUCUACAACCGAAUCAAACUGGACCCUCACAGAGAGUUCGUUCCCAGGACGGUGAUGAUCGGAGGAAAGGCGGCUCCUGGUUACCACAUGGCCAAGCUGAUCAUCAAACUGAUCACCUCAGUGGGUCAGGUGAUCAAUAACGACCCUGCAGUGGGAGACAAGCUGAAGGUGAUCUUCCUGGAAAACUACAGAGUGUCUCUGGCUGAGAGAGUGAUCCCGGCUGCAGACCUGUCCGAGCAGAUCUCCACGGCAGGAACCGAAGCGUCUGGGACAGGAAACAUGAAGUUCAUGCUGAACGGCGCUCUGACUAUCGGCACUAUGGAUGGAGCCACGGUGGAGAUGGCGGAGGAGGCGGGGGAGGAGAACCUCUUCAUCUUCGGCAUGAGAGUGGACGACGUGGAGGAGAUGGACAGGAGGGGGUAUAAUGCCAGAGAUUUCUACGAGCGUCUGCCGGAGCUGAAACUGGCCGUGGAUCAGAUCCAGAGCGGCUUCUUCAGCCCAGCACAGCCCGAGCUCUUCAAAGACCUCAUCAACAUGCUGAUGAACCACGACAGGUUUAAGGUGUUUGCUGAUUUUGAAGCCUACGUCAGGUGUCAGGAGAGAGUCAGUGAGCUGUACAAGAACCCCAAAGAGUGGACCAAGGUGGUGAUCCGCAACAUCGCCGCUUCUGGGAAGUUCUCAAGCGACCGGACCAUCUCUCAGUACGCCCGGGAGAUCUGGGGGGUCGAACCGUCCGAUGUGAAGAUCCCACCGCCCAAUGAACCGUCCCGUAACUGACGAGCUGGAUCACUGAGUCCAGAUCCAGAGUCACACCUGUUUGAAUGUCUGAAGUGAGUCUGUGAGGACUGACUCUUCCCAAAGUCGUACCUGAAGUUUUAAUUGUUUCUGAUCCUGAAAUCAGAUUUUACCCAGCAGCUACAUGUCAGCCUUGUUAACCUGGACUAGUCCUAACCCGGUUAAACACUGAGGAUAGAAAACCAAAGAACCAAACACAGUCCACCAGAACCGUUUAGAGACCCACCGUUAUACCAGUACUUAGUUACACACUGUAGAAACAUCUUGAAGUUGGAGGUCGGGUUUAAAGCCACCUCUCCUAAAGCUCCUGACUGAGGAUGCUAACAUUAGAGCUAAUGUUCCAGCUCCACUUGAAGGCAGCGUGAACCUCUGUGAUCUGGACCAAUCAACAGAUCCUUCUGUUUAAAGACUUUGAUUUAAACACUCAGUUUAAUUGGUGGCUAGCCAAAGCUAACGUUAGCUAGCUUACCAGUUAGACCAUAGACAUAUAUACAUAGACACCGCAUUGACUGUGCUUUCCUGCUGCUCCGAUACGUCAGCGCGUCGGCCAUAUUGAAGGUGGCGGGUCUGCCGUGUGAACUAAUACAAGUGGAUGUGGAAACUGAGGGUUUUAUGAAAGAAAGAGAUGUUCCGUUGCAUUUAACUAAUUUUGAUCAACCGUUUUUACAAUAAAGGAUUAAAAUGAAUGUAAGGAGUAAAAACGAUCAUUAUUUAGAAUAAAAAAAGUACCAAGUUUUUCAUUUAUCAAAUGACUAAAAGGCUCCAGCUGGCAGUGAGUCUGCUUUGUAGCAGUGGAAUGAAUGGAACUACAUCACGGAAAUUAAAGACAUUUUUUAGUUGUUUAAAAUGUCAUUUCAUGAAAAAUAAAACGUGCAGUAGUUACUGUUAUACUGUUAUAUACCCAACAUAUUACUGUUUGAUCACUUUACUCAUUCUGAUCACACACCCAGUAUGAGUCUACUUCCAUACAGCUCUGUUGACUCUUGUUAGUUUGAUCACCUGUAUCCAUAACCUGCUCCAAAUACUUCAUCAUUCUAAUUUCAUAUCUUCAGCCUGUUGGUGCGUUAAAUUCCCGUUUCCCCUCUCUCUUUUUCAUACCACUGAUCUGUGGCCUUUAAAUGCCCACGCUGAGGAAUAUCGUUUUUUAAUUGAGUCAUAUUAAGGUCAGUUGUUAGUAUAUUAUGUUUUAUAUCACGUGAGGAUGAAGGGGUUGAGACAUUUUAACCAAUUGAACAAGUGAAGGGAUUUACUCUUUCAAAUACAGGAUGGAUGGACUGAUAUAAUUAACACUAAACACAUCAAAGUGAUUCAAAUCUAAGAUGACUUUAUCUAUACUGACCUUUAUUAUGAGACAGCUGCUGUAUGUGAAAUAAAAUCACAUGACUUUUAGAAGGAUGAGUCUCAGUACAUUUAACAGGUGUCCUGGUGUUUCACUCUGUUGAAGCAGUGAAGGAGUUUUUAAAAGUUAAUGUUCAGGCUGUGGAGACUUCUACUAAACAUUUGUUGUGUAUAUUUGGAAAGCUCUGCUAAUGGUAAUAAGUCAAAUUUACACCAGUGUGAUCAUAACAACAAUCAGGAGGCAUGUUUCUACAUAUCUGUGUGUGAGCAUCUUUACAGAUUGCAACAUUCAACAUGGCGGCGAUGUUGACAUACGACUCGGCCAGUCAAUGCGGCGUCUACGUAUAUACAGUAUAUUACCAAAAGUAUUCACUCACCCAUCCAAAUGAUCAGAAUCAGGUGUCCUAAUCACUUGGCCUGACCACAGGUGUAUAAAAUCAAGCACCUAGGCAUGCAGACUGUUUUUACAAACACUUGUGAAAGAAUGGGUCGCUCUCAGGAGCUCAGUGAAUUCCAGCGUGGAACUGUCAUAGGAUGCCACCUGUGCAACAAAUCCAGUCGUGAAAUUUCCUCGCUCCUAAAUAUUCCACAGUCAACUGUCAGCUUUAUUAUAAGAAAAUGGAAGAGUUUGGGAACAAAAGCAACUCAGCCACGAAGUGGUAGGCCAUGUAAACUGACGGAGAGGGGUCAGCGGAUGCUGAGGCUCAUAGUGCAAAGAGGUCGCCGACUUUCUGCACAGUCAAUUGCUACAGAGCUCCAAUCUUCAUGUGGCCUUCAGAUUAGCCCAAGUACAGUACGCAGAGAGCUUCAUGGAAUGGGUUUCCAUGGCCGAGCAGCUGCAUCCAAGCCAUACAUCCCCAAGUGCAAUGCAAAGCAUCGGAUGCAGUGGUGUAAAGCACGCCGCCACUGGACCAUAGAGCAGUGGAGACGCAUUCUCUGGAGUGAUGAAUCACGCUUUUCCAUCUGGCAAUCUGAUGGACGAGUCUGGGUUUGGAGGUUGCCAGGAGAACGGUACAUUUCGGACUGCAUUGUGCCAAGUGUGAAAUUUGGUGGAGGAGGAAUUAUGGUGUGGGGUUGUUUUUCAGGAGCUGGGCUUGGCCCCUUAGUUCCAGUGAAAGGAACUUUGAAUGCCUCAGGAUACCAAACCAUUUUGGACAAUUCCAUGCUCCCAACCUUGUGGGAACAGUUUGGAGCGGGCCCCUUCCUCUUCCAACAUGACUGUGCACCAGUGCACACAGCAAGGUCCAUAAAGACAUGGAUGACAGAGUCUGGUGUGGAUGAACUUGACUGGCCUGCACAGAGUCCUGACCUGAACCCGAUAGAACACCUUUGGGAUGAAUUAGAGCGGAGACUGAGAGCCAGGCCUUCUCGACCAACAUCAGUGUGUGACCUCACCAAUGAGCUUUUGGAAGAAUGGUCAAAAAUUCCUAUAAACACACUCCUCAACCUUGUGGACAGCCUUCCCAGAAGAGUUGAAGCUGUAAUAGCUGCAAAAGGUGGACCGACAUCAUAUUGAAUCCUAUGGGUUAGGAAUGGGAUGGCACUUAAGUUCAUAUGUGAGUCAAGGCAGGUGAGUGAAUACUUUUGGUAAUAUAGUGUAUAUGUGUGUGAGUUAGACAGCCACAGCUCCAGUUACAAAGCUAACAACGUGGAUGGAAAGAAGCAGGUUUUUAUUUCCUUUAACUGUGUUUCUCUGAAUCUCAGCAGCUGAUAGUUUGAUCUCACUGUGUCGUCAUGAUGUGGAUUUUUUACUGACUUUAUGAAUGUUCUUAAUAUGAGCCUCACACUCUGCUCUGUCACUCUGCAGCUGUCUGCUUCUCAUGUUAAACAGCUUUAAGAAAGAACACUGAGUUUAACAAGAAGCUCCAUGUUCUCUCCUCCAGCUGGCUGCUCUGCUCAUGUUCCUUCAAAAUAUCAAAUAAAUAAAUAUGAAAUGUUAACAGAAGCAGAAUAUGAUGAUUUAAAUCAUUUAAAGUCUAAAUUUAACUGUAAAUAGAGCAAAGACAACAUAUCAGAGGGUGAAACUGAAACAUGUCUUUGUCUUAUGUCGUUGUACUCUGGUGUAGGAUAUGUGGUUGAAUCAUCACCUUUAAUUCACUUCUCCUCCGUUGACUUCCACAGAAGGUAAACGACAGAGGUAGAGUUUUGUUCCCAGGUUAUUUCUAGUAACUGAGUGUUCACUGAUUGAACCUUGUGAACUUCAACAAAGAAAAAAAAUGAUUUCCAGCUUCAACAGUGAGCUGUAAGUCCUAAAAAUCCUGAAAGAUCUUGAACAUGGUCCAUGGAGCUGCAGUUUUACAGUUAUAUUAAAUUUGAGAAAAUUCAUUUAGUUCAGGUUUCAGUCAUUUCUUCCUUUAAAAACCUUAAAACAUGAAGGUCAGUAUCUGUUCCACUGAGGUAGAAACACUCCUGACUUUAAACAGUGUUGACCUUCAGUCACAUGAACUCUGACACUGUACAGACACUAACAUCAGACUCAUAGUGCAGCAGCUUCCUCUCUAUGUUUCAGUCUUUUCAAUGACUCUGAUAGCAUGUUGUAACUUGUUCUGUCAUUGUAUUUGCUCUGUUGACGUACACUGGAACUUACUGUGUCAUCAGGUUUGUAGUUGUAAGCAAUCAUUUUGUACACAGUGUUUUUUUACCUUUAAAUAAAGUUUUGACUUUCUGUCUUUUAAA